CGGUGGCGCUACUGACCAUAUUGUUAUCAGCUGGAGACAGUCAAUUCGUAAGAAGUCAUUUGAUUACUGAUUAAAGGUUGCUGCCUUUUAGUAGAUAGUUAACGUUUGGUCUAUUUUCGUGAAGAACGGCAUCAUGGCAGCUACGACAGUUGCUCGUCUCUUGUUCAAUCGUGGAACACAAAGUCUCAGAAAUACACGACAAAUAGGUCCAAUCAUCAAAUUCUAUUCCAGCCAAACGCCGAACUAUGAACACAUAAAGAUUGAGCCGGUGGGAGAAAAGAAGAAUGUCGGCCUAAUUACUCUAAAUAGACCGAAGGCUCUGAACGCUCUUUGCGACAAAUUGAUGGUUGAGAUAAAUGAUGCCAUUUCUAAGUUCGAUGCCAAUGAAAGUAUUGGAGCCGUCGUCAUCACUGGAAGUGAAAGAGCUUUCGCAGCUGGUGCUGAUAUCAAGGAGAUGGUAAACACAAGUUAUGCACAGUGCAUUGGUGAAAAUUUUCUGGCCUAUUGGGAUGGUGUCAGCAGAGCCAGGAAGCCAAUAAUUGCUGCAGUCAACGGCUACGCCCUGGGUGGCGGCUGCGAGCUGGCUAUGAUGUGUGACAUUAUUUAUGCUGGUGACAAAGCGAAAUUCGGCCAACCAGAAAUCGCCCUUGGUACGAUACCUGGUGCAGGUGGUACUCAGAGACUGACCAGAGCAGUAGGCAAGAGUAAAGCAAUGGAGCUUGUAUUAACGGGAAAUCAAAUAACAGCAGAGGAAGCUGAAAAAAGUGGUCUCGUGAGUAAAGUAUUUCCGGCGGAUCAGGUUGUACCAGAAGCCAUUAAACUUGGAGAGAAGAUAGCUUCUCAUUCUCAGCUGAUCGUUGGCAUGGCUAAGGAGGCUGUGAAUACAGCUUAUGAAACCACACUCAGUGAAGGUUUGCACUUCGAGAGGCGUUCAUUCCACGGAACAUUUGCCACGUCCGACAGGAAGGAAGGUAUGACGGCUUUCGCGGAGAAGCGUCCACCAAAAUUCACAAACCAAUAAAAUGAAAAGCCACGGAGGAGUACAGCAGAAAAAAUCAAAAUGGUCUAUACAAAGUUUUGUUUUUAUGAGAAACAAAAUAUUUUUUAUACACGUUAUACUUAAUGUCUGAAUUAUAGCAGUUGACCUUAAUGUGUUAAGUGUCUUAAUUAAAAGUAAGGUUAGAAAUAGUAA